UCCCCUCCGUCCCCUCCCGGCGCCUGCGCGCGGCGCGUCCGGGCGGAUCCGGCGGAAGCGCCGCGAAGGUUCCGGGGUCGCGAUGGCUCCGGACCCCUGGCUCCCGCUGCUCGCCGCCGCCCGCCAGCUCGCCCAGGACAUCGCCGAGAAGCUGCAGGAGCGGAGCCGCUGCCAGCGGAGCGGGGAGAGCUCGGCCAAGGUCAACAUUGCCAUCAGGUCCUCACUGCAGAGCCUCAGGGAGAAGAUCGAGCAGCUGAGGGAGCAGCUGCUGCGGGCGGUGUCCACUCGGCAGAUCACCCAGCUGGAGGGGGACAGGAGGCAGAACCUAGUGGACGAGCUGGUGACACGGCACAGGCAGCUGGAGGCAUUCUACAGGAAUGAAGGUCCUGAGCCAGACAUGAGCAGGUCCAGCCUCAUGGCAGGAGGGGCCAAACGAGGCGUCACCAACCCCUGGCUCUUGGAAGAAUCGGAGGAGACCAGAGGACUUGGCUUUGAUGAGCUCAGGCAGCAGCAGAGAAGGAUCAUUGAAGAACAAGAUGCUGGACUCGAUGCUCUUUCUUCAAUCAUAUCCAGGCAGAAACAAAUGGGGCAGGAAAUUGGGAAUGAGCUGGACGAGCAGAACGAGAUCAUCGAUGACCUGACGAGCCUGGUGGAGAGCACAGACGGGCGGCUGCGCAGCCAGACACGGCACGUGCAGGCAGUGGAGAGGAAAUCCACGUCAUGUGAAGUGCAGUGGGACUCCUGCCAUGGUUCCAGUGGGCUGAGGAGCAGUGUCCUCAUGGGGAGAGCAGCAGGAAAUCCCUGCCCUUGUGAGGAUUGGUCAGCUCUGCUGUUGCUUCAGGAAAUGUCCUGACUUAAGGGAUGCUGGUGGUGAUCGUGCUGCUGCUCAUCGCCAUCGCCGUGGUCGCGCUCUGGCCCACGGGGUAACCCCGACCCUGCUGGGGCAGCUGCUCCAGGGGAGCCCCAGGGCUCAGGCAGGGACCUGCUGAGGGCAGGGAUGAGCUCCAUCCAUCGCUGGGAACAAACUCCACAGCUGGGAAUGACCCCACUGAGCAAACUGAACCAUCUCCACAGCUGGGACUGACCCCACUGCAGGAGCCUGGACAAACCCACAGCUGGGAAUGACCCCACUACAGCAGCCUGGACAAACCCACAGCUGGGAAUGACCCCACUGCAGCAGCCUGAGGCAGCCCCGCUCUCCUUGGCCAAGGAGCUCAGUGAGAUCUGCAAGAUUUCAGUGGGAAAGGAUUUCAUCCCAUCAGGAUUUCAAUCCAACAGGAUUUCAUCGCACUAACAGGAUUUCAUCCCACUCUUCCCACCUUCCCCUGGCUCUCAGGCAGCUGCAGCUGUGGGAUGGACCCACCUCUCCUGCACCUGGGCCCAGCUGGUGCUGCUGCCCUGCCCAUCUCCUGAGCUCAGACAUGCCAGAGGCUCCAAACACCAAAAUGCUCUGGGAUCCCUCCUGCAGAGGGAAAUGCUCCAUUCAGGGAAUGUCCUGGGGAGUGGCUGCCUCUGGAUUCCCCCAGGAUGGGAAGGGACAGCCCUGCAGGAGCCCCUGGGCUGCACAGAACCAUGGGGACUGGGUCAGUGCUCAGCCUGGGGGAGGCUUGCUGGGGUAUUGAUCCCCAGGGAUGGUCAUUGGUGGGGUAUUGAUCCCCAGGGAUGGUCAUUGGUGGGUUAUUGAUCUCCAGGGAUGGUUAUUGGUGGGUUAUUGAUCCCCAGGGAUGGUCAUUGGUGGGUUAUUGAUCUCCAGGGACGGUUAUGGGUGCGUUAUUGAUCUCCAGGGAUGGAGUUACUGAUCUCAGAUGGGAACUGAACAGCAGCAGGACUCAGCCCAGCCUGUGAGAGUGAGAGCUCUGCCCGUGUGUGCUCCCCAGAGGCUCUGCCAGCCUGGCCCUGGGAGAUGCACCACAAUUAACGUCCUCACUGAGCUCUGGCUCUUCCUUUGACAGCUUCUCACACCCUUCUACAGCUGAGAGGAAGGAUUACCUGUUUCAAAACUAAUGAAAAAGAAGUAUUAAAUGUUUGCUUCUGGCCAAGAGAAUAAUUAUUUUGUUACACAUGUCAGUUUGAUUUCAGGAUUAAUAGAGCAAGCAAUAAAUACUGAUUAAAGCUGAUCCAUUUCUA